CAAGACGAGUUUUAAGAGUCCCCUUCUCGAUUUGCGCAAUCCAAUGCUCUCUCUCUCUCUCUCCCUCUCAGAUGUCUGUUAAUUCAUGUACUGGUACACAUAUGCUCUAACACAGUCACAGAGUUAGGGUUUCGGUUUGGUUUCGAGCUUGGAGUGAGUGAUGGUUGAGAGAAGGAAGCCACUGGUGUUAUCCUCAACCAAGGCUCUCAUCAAUUCGGUACUGAGUUCGUCAAGACCACAAGAAAUCCAUGAAAUUGAUCGGAGCUCAGGCGAUGAAGGCUCGCCGAGCGUACUGUUACAGGCGGGAGUUCUCCGAUUGUCGAAAGACGGAAAGGAAACUGGGGAGUCCAAAGUAGAUUCUCUUGAUGACUCUGCGUUGGUUGGGCUUCCGACAUCUGUGCUCAAGAAACUAUCCAUCACUUCAGGCUCACUGAUAGUUGUGAAGAAUGUUGAUACAGACAUACAGAGAAUCGGCCAAGCUUUCGUUUUAGAUCCUCCAUUAAACCAAGAACAUUUUUGUGAGAACAAAUUGCCCAUAUCCCGAUCUCCUCAAGCAAUGCUUGCCUUUCCUUCGUAUAACUAUCCCCCAUCCCAACUAGUUCCAUUGGACAGAGAAGCUUCCUAUGUAUCUCCUCUACUGGCAUUUAACCUUGGCUUGCAUGUAUCAUGCUUCAAGUAUCUCGUUCACCAAGGUAAAGAGACUUUGGCGUCUCUUUUUGAAGUUAAAGUGGAUGAAGAAACAAAUGGGAAGGGAAGUGAGACGUCUGCUAUCAGUUUAAGACUCAAACCUUAUGGUGAAUUGCCAAGAUAUGCUUCACAUUUGAGGAUUUCCUUUGUGAAGAUACCUGAAUGUGGUACCCUUGAAUCUCUUAGAGGAACUUCAUCUAUUGUGGCUGAAGAUCGUCAAGAGAUGAUUGAUAUGGCAUUGCACAAGUACUUUGAAAAGGAUAGAUAUCUAACCAGAGGUGAUGUUUUCUGUCUCUACAUCAAUUGGAGUUGCAAGUCCGCUAUGUGUAUUUCUUGCAGCCGAAAGAUGCAAAUAGGCAGUGAUGACAUAAUAUACUUCAAGGUCAUGGCUAUGGAGCCAUCUGACGAACUGAUUCUUAGAGUCAAUCGGACCAAAACAGCACUCGUUCUUGGAGGGAGUGUUCCUUCUCCUGUUCCUCCGGAUCUGUUAAUUUCUAGAUCAAAAGGUUCUGUGCCUUUACAGGGGGAUAUCGUCAAGAAUUUGGCCUCCAUCCUCACGCCAGCUCUAUGUCCAUCUGCACUCUCAUCAAAGUUCAGAGUUUCUGUCCUGUUGCAUGGUUUGCCUGGGUGUGGCAAAAGGACAGUGGUUAAAUAUGUUGCUAGCAGAUUGGGCCUUCAUGUAGUGGAAUAUAGUUGCCAUACUCUAAUGGCAUCCUCCGAAAGAAAGAAAUCUCCCGCAUUAGCAGAAGCUUUCAGAACAGCUCGCAGAUACUCUCCAGCAAUUCUUCUUCUCCGCCAUUUUAAUGUCUUCCGGGAUCUGGUUUCUCAAAUGGGUUCACCCAGUGAACAAGUUGGUACAAAUACUGAAGUUGCAUCUGUCAUUAGGGAAUUUACGGAGCCAGUUAUGGAAGAUGAAGAUACUUAUUGUGAGCAGAAUUCAGAAAGUGAUUCUCAAGUGAAGGGAACUGAAACAGUAAGCAGGCAUCCUCUGCUGUUAGUUGCAGCUGCUGACAAUUCUGAAGGUCUGCCACCAACUAUUAGGCGAUGCUUCACCCAUGAGAUUGCUGUGGGACCUUUGACUGAAGAACAAAGGGUUGCAAUGCUAGCUCAGUCGCUUCAUCAUGUUUCUGGGUUGCUUCCAAAUGCUUCUUCGGAGGAUCUUAUUAAGGACAUAGCCGGACAAACAUCUGGGUUUAUGCCUAGGGAUAUGUGUGCUCUAAUCGCUGAUGUUGGUGCAAGUUUAAUUCCGAGGCAUAACAUUCAAUCUGAACAAGAUGAGCCCAGUACAUUGUGUGAGAAAAAAUCUUUGGUGCUCAAACCCGAGCGGGAUAAUAAGCCAUGUGAUAAUCCAUCUGGGGUUCUGUGUAAAGAAGACUUGGCCAAAGCUUUGGAGAGGUCAAAGAAGAGGAACGCAUCAGCGUUGGGAACUCCAAAGGUUCCUAAUGUAAAAUGGGAGGAUGUUGGUGGCCUUGAGGAAGUUAAGAAAUCAAUUCUGGAUACUGUUCAGCUACCUCUUCUGCACAAGGAUCUGUUUUCAUCUGGAUUGCGCAAACGCUCUGGUGUUCUUCUUUAUGGCCCGCCUGGUACAGGGAAAACUUUAUUGGCAAAAGCUGUUGCAACAGAGUGCUCUCUGAAUUUCCUCAGUGUAAAAGGGCCUGAGCUGAUCAAUAUGUACAUCGGAGAAUCAGAGAAAAAUGUUCGCGACAUUUUUCAGAAGGCCAGAUCAGCACGUCCAUGUGUUAUCUUCUUUGAUGAACUUGAUUCUCUUGCUCCAGCUAGAGGUGCUUCUGGAGAUUCUGGGGGUGUUAUGGACCGUGUUGUUUCCCAGAUGCUUGCAGAGAUCGAUGGCCUGAAUGACUCAACACAGGUUUCUCAUACUACUUUGGACUUGUUUAUAAUUGGAGCAAGCAACAGACCAGAUCUUAUUGAUCCAGCACUUCUACGGCCUGGCCGAUUUGAUAAGCUCCUUUACGUUGGAGUUAAUUCUGAUCCUUCAUACCGGGAGCGAGUCCUUAAAGCGCUGACGAGGAAGUUUCAAUUGCGUGAAGAUGUAUCCCUUUACUCUAUAGCAAAGAAAUGCCCCCCAAACUUUACAGGUGCAGAUAUGUAUGCCCUGUGUGCAGAUGCAUGGUUUCAUGCUGCAAAGCGCAAGGUUCUAGAUCCGUGUUUAGAUUCAGCUAGUGCAGAUGAUCAAACAGACUCUGUUAUUGUUGAAUAUGAUGAUUUUGUGAAGGUUUUAGGAGAGCUGUCUCCUUCACUUUCUCUAGCAGAGCUUAAGAAGUACGAUUCGUUGCGAGAUCAAUUUGAAGGAGGCUCACGCUAGAUUCAAUCGGUCCUGCUUAUUUAUGUAAUUCUGAGAGGACACUGCUGAACUUCUUUGACAUCACAUGUUUCAAUCCAUUAAACCUAAAAUGAUACAAUGGCGGCAUUCAACUGAGGGGCGGCGGUAUACCAUGAACCAUGACAGUUGACUGGAUGCGGCAUAUUUCGUAAUGGGUGUUCUGAUUACACAAUCUAUCCUAUAUUGUUUAGUUGUAAUCGUAGUUUUUUCUUUUCUUUUCUUUGUUUUUAGAGAUUAGAUGAAUGUCAUAUUGUAUUUGCUAACCUGAACGGAGGAGUAUCUUCAAAAAGGGAAAGAAAAAAAAAAAAACCUGAGGGGAGGAGGAGUCAGGUUCGAAUCCAGCGUACAAGUUGGACGAUGAAGUGCAAUCAUAUGGACGGCCGAGUAUCGCAUUUACGCCCUUGUAUUGUUACUUGAAUACCACAGCCAUUGUAUACUACUCCCCGCCGUCUCCAUUUGUUGAUAGUGCAAUAAUGAUGUGUUCAGUACUAUUUUUUGUUCUCCGAAGAUGAAUUGGAAUUCGUUGAUGUUA